AUGGUCUCCACACAUUCUUCACAAUAUAUUACGGAUUUCACACCAACAACGGCUGAACCCGGCAAAUCUCCACUGGCGCUGCUCGCCAAAACAUGCGAAACGAUCGGUCUUCCCGAGAAUUCUUCAUCAAAAAAGAGUGGAUCGCCGCAAGAGAAAAAAGAUGAGAAGCCAUCAUCAUCAUCACAUCGAUUCGGUUCGCUGGAUCAUCACCAACAACAACAAUCAAAAAAAUCCGCAUCGCCUCGAUCGACUCCCCAAUCAAAAGAGCCGACACUCACGUUCCCGGGUCUGCCGAAACCGCAAUUUCCAAUGGGAAUGCCUGGAAUGGGCUUCCCAUUCUUCAAUCCAAUGAUGUCUCCAUAUCAAAUGCCCGGAUGUUUUCCAGGAGCAUUCCCAAUGGCUCACGGAUUCAUGGGUGCUCAACGGAUGCCGUGUCCAUUUGCAAUGAUGAGACAACCGUGUGCAAAUCCAGGGUGUAUGCAGUGUCCAAGCUCCUCGAAUGCAGUGAAAUCGGGACAAAUGAACGCAGAGAUGAUGGCGCAGUUCGCAGCUCAUCCAUUGUUUUCAAUGUAUGCUCAAAUGAUGCCAAAUAUGACUGGAGUCCCACCUGCCUCCUAUCAAGCUCUUCUGGCUGCAUCCGCCGCCGCGUCCUCUUCCGCUUCCAACAUGCCAACUGAUUAUUCUAAACCAUCAACCUCCACAGCCACCUCGGAGCCCAAGACAGUAUCCCCCAAGUCACCAGCUACCUCGAAACCAAAAUCAUCAACGGCAAAGUAUCAAUGCAAUUGGGUGGAUUCAGAUGUGCCAUGCGGAAAGUCGUUCGAGGAUGAGAGCGAGUUGACCAAUCAUGUUAAGAAAAGCCACGCCCCAUCCCCAUCAUCAUCCGCCUCAUCGGAGCAGUCAACUUCCGGUGGAAAAGCCGCUCGCUCCGCCACCUCCACACCCCAACGAUUCAACCCAUACGGAAAAGCAAUGGCCCCUCAAAUGAUGCUUCCACCCGGUAUGAGCAUGAAUCCAAUGGUUCUCCCAUUUUCUCUUCAAGCAAUGUACUCUAAUCGGCUAAUGCCUACUGUAGCUCAUCAGUGA